CUAGUUUCUACGCGGUACUGUACUACGUAGUGCACGUCUACUAAGGACGGCGCUUGAGGGAACCAAUGUUGGCGGGCACUAGGGCGGCAGACACAACUAUUGUGUCGGAUGUGGACUCCAUAGCUUGAGCGUUUAAACUCGUAACUCGCAGUAGAGCCGAGAAAGACGGUAGUCAUGAUGGUGACAUAUGUUCCCGGCGCAGUGUAGUCCGGAAGCUUGGGCCAGACGAGGGGUUUACGUGCAGCAUAGCAGUACAGUAGUCACGAAUGUGGAUGUUCGAUUAGUGGAGAGAGACGGGAAGAGACUGAGAGUGGGAGACGGUAUCCGAAAGGCUUUGGUGAUUCCCAUUCCCAUUGUCAAGCUGGUGGUGAGAGUACGCCAGCGGGCAACGACAGCACGACGACAGCAGCGCCGCAGACUGACAGCCAUUGUGGACACUGGAGGCCCGCGAGGGAAGGUGCUAGUCCCAUCUUGGAGAAUCCGUAUUCAACUCUGUGGUGCAUUCCCGCAUAUCCGUACAAAUCCCACGUUCUUGGGUUCGUCGUCCGAGUUCGACGCUUACCCAGUCCCUAGUUCUUCCUUGGGCACCACCACCACACCCACCACCAUCGCCUCCUCUACCUUGGCGAACCGCACCCCUCACGAACGGGAUGAAUUGAGGUUUUCAUCUCAGACCUGCAGCGUCGGUCUGCCUUAUCUCGGCCGUGAUCUCACACCCACAGGAAACAAAACAAUAAACACCAGCAUCGACAACAACAUCUGCGCGUUAGGAUUCACUUCUCCCUCGUCUCGUUGUUGUUUAUUGUUCUCUCGCGACUCUGAACCUUGGCGAAACGGCAUCGUCCCUGUGACUCUUGAUCUCCCUCCGGCCUCAGCCCUCCUUCAGCCCUCAGCUCCCACUAUUGACGAAACGUGCCUCGUCUAG